AUGAUACUACGUCUGCAAAAGUACCACCUUGAUGUCCGCUACAAGAAGGGCACAGAGAUGUACAUUGCAGAUUUCCUGUCGCGAGCCUCACUUCCACUCAGGAAGAUAGAGCCGACUUUGAAAGACUAUGAAAUCGUUGCUGUUUCGGAGAACAUUUCCUUCAUCAGUGAACUGGAGAAUAUCAACGCUGCAGAAUGUAUCACUGUCACAGAUCAGCGCCUCGAUCAAAUUCAGCGUCUCACUCAACAAGACGUCAAUCUCCAGACUCUCAAGUCCACCAUCUUAGCCGGCUGGCCAAAACAACGUGAGGACACUCCAGUGUGUGUCAGAGACUACUGGACAUUCCGAGAGGAAAUGAGUGUUCAGAAUGGUGUUCUCUUCAAAGGAUCACGAAUUGUGAAUCCGCCAGCAAUGCGAAGUGAAAUGCUUCAGCGCCUUCAUGGAAGCCAUCUUGAAGCCGAAGCAUGCAUCCAAAGCCGGGCACGUGAUGUUGUAUAUUGGCCAAAUAUGACUGUAGACAUUAAAGACCAUGUUGGUCAAUGCACAGUGUGUUCAGAGAUGAGGCCCAAACAGCAGAAGGAAACCUUAGUGUCACAUGAAGUGCCUGAACGUCCGUGGAGUAAGAUUGGUGUGGAUCUUUUCACUCUACAUAAUGAGGAAUAUCUUGUUCAAGUAGACUAUCAUUCAGACUACUGGGAAGUUGACAAGCUGACAAACACAACUUCCACAUCUGUUGUUGAGUGUAUGAAGGCACAGUUUAGCAGACAUGGCAUACCAGAUACCGUAGUGUCGGAUAACGGUCCACAACUCACAUCACGAGAGUUUGCUCAGUUUGCCAAGGACUGGGAAUUUAGCCAUGUCACAACAUCGCCUUAUCACAGUCAGUCAAACGGCAAGGCCGAAUCAGCUGUAAAGAUUGCAAAGAAUCUGAUCAAAAAGACACAACGAGAAGUUGCUACACAACUUCUGAAACCUGAGGUUGUUGACAGUGUCAGUUCCAAGAAAGCCCUCAAGCACAGAAAGGCUAAACUCUAUUACGACAGUCAUGCUAAGCAACUACCUGAACUCACAGUUGGUCAACCAGUACGUGUUCAACCAGUGCCUUCAGACACAACGGGUAAAUGGCAUCACGGGACUUGCGUCAGACAAGUGUCGACAAGGUCAUACAUUGUUGACAUUGAUGGUAAAGAGUACAGGUGCAAUCGCAAGUUUCUUAGAUCAACGUCUGAAACUACACCGCCAAAACAGUUGCCGGAAGUUACUUGUGAAAUUGAACCAGAUUCUCACAUAACAGCGAAAAAGACAACUGCUGCCAAGACAUCGCCUGUUGUGAAACCACCUCCUUCAUCGCCACCAGUACCAGCAGAGCUUCCUUAA